UUCUGUCAGAGAAACAUUUAUAUUUAUUUAGUUUUUUGAAUAAAAAUCGAAUUGCAUUUAUGCAAUGUUCAAUAACACUGUUGCAUUUGUGCUUGGUUUAUACGGCUAGAUCGCGAUAUGCGCACCGUUUCAUAGCAGUUGUCUUGUUGUGUGGAAAACGAAAGCCAAGGAGAUCUGAAGAAGUAGAAAUGCGAAAUAUUUUAUAACACAAAUAUUUUUCCAAACACAAAUACUAAUGUAUCACCUUUUUCAAACAAAAGGAAAACUCCUCUCGGACAUAUGAUUUCAAUCAACCUACUUCUCAUUCCACCUCCAACUAACCCCACACAAUAGCUCUCGGAAUAGCGUCUUGCCACCUCACUUAAAACCGUUGUGACGAGAUAAUUAUCUUUCAACCGAAUACUGUCCGACACACCAUUUGAAUGAACCGUACUUAUUUUCACUUUCAAGUGGGGCGGUUUCGGUGAUGCGAACAAAGUGAUUGUGGGAUGGAAUCCAAAUUCUGGCUUCACUGAUUGAAAGCAUUUCACCAAUUGCUUUAUUGCCGUUUCCAUAACUUGAACCAAACCAACACCAUAUACGGUUCGGUUUACUUCGGAUGAGAAGUACACCGUCGCAUCUAAAUAUAAAUAUUUAUAUGAAUUAAAACUUCUCAUAGGCAAAGUAAUUAUCAUCAACAUGCCUGCAGUUACAAUCAGUGUAUCGUCUCCUUUUUCCAAUCGAUAAACCUGAGCAUCAGUUCUUAACUUCACGUUCUCCUGCGCCAAAUCGUUAUCGAGCACUGCAAUCAUGAAUUCAAUUUCUCGCGCCAGGUCCUGAAGCCAUUUCUGUCUUCAAACCAACAACCAGAACAACCGGUUCACUUGAAGCUCAGAAUGGAGUAUUGGGAAAACGGUUAAUGGAACAUGGACAUUUUUUCAAGUUUGUGAAAUAUUUGUUGACCUACGAAUAUUCAAAGGCCAGAGAAUUCGAUCUGUUGAUAAAAAGUGGCGGUUCAACUGGACCAGCGAAAAAACGUUCAUACAAGCAACGUUCCGAUAAAAUUGCUGAAGCAUCGGAGGAGUUGGAAAAAGGCAAAAUAAGUGCGGCCAUAUUUCUUAAUCGCAUGGCUUAUGCCGAUAACAAUAUCUGUUCAGAUUUGGAUGAUUUUUCAUGUGUUGAUGAUCCCAGACCUGAAAAUGAUAAUUGCGAUUUAUUCGAAGACGAUGAAGAAGCAACACCAACUCCAAGUCAGUCAGAUGCAGCCCUAAGACUGUCGCCUUGUUGUGUGUGCCUUGACAAUGUGAGUCAAGUAACACUUUAUCCUUGUGGGCAUUUAAAAGUUUGUGAAGAUUGCUGGACAAAACUUGUCAACACUUAUGACGCCAAUUUAGCGAAAUUCCUCGAACGUGAUUUAGAAGAGGAGUACCGACCGAAACUCAAAUGUCCGUGUUGUAACACUCUCAUUGAAAAUUAUUGCAAAACAUUCACAUAAGUAUUUUGUUUUGUUUUUUUUUGACAUUAAAUUGUUCUUUUUAUUCAAAAGAAUUAUCUUCUGUAAGCAACAAUUUGUACAGACAAAAAAUUUUCAAGUAUAAGUUAUUUUAUACCAAAGCAUA